AUGGCAGCAGCCGUCAACGCCCUCAACUCGCUGCUACGCGGCGCCAGCAUCGACGACCACGAAGAAGCCCUGAAGCUCGCCAAUGCCGCCAUCGGCAACGGAACGGCCGGCUCCGCCAGCCCUGAGCAGCUGACCGCUCUGCACGCCAAGGUUGUCGCCCUGCUCAAGCUCGACCGCUUCGACGAUGCCCUGCGCACCGUGGCCGCCGGUGGCGAUGCGCUCGCCGCCCGCACGGUUUUGGAGCGUGCCUAUGCCCUCUACAAGACGGGCGACCUCGACGCCGCUGCCGCGCUGGCGGCUAGCCAGGGUGCCUCCCAUCGCGCCCUGAAGCACGUGGCCGCCCAGGUCGCCUACCGGACCGAGCAGUUCGACCUCGCCGCGGGCCUCUAUGCUGCCCUGGGCGAGGACGCCGAGAGUGCACCCGAGGCCGGUGUCGGCGAGUCGACCGACGUGCGCAUCAACGCCCUGGCCGUGUCGGCCCAGCGCGCAUGGCAGGGCCGCGGAUCGACGACCGUGUCGGCGGGCCAGGACAGUGCACUCGAUGCCGGCCGCCGGGAAGACCUCGAGUCCUUUGAGGCGGCCUACAACGCUGGCUGUGUGGCCGUGGCUCGCGGCGACGUGGCCAAGGCUUCGAUUCUGCUGCGCCGCGCCCAGCAGCUGUGCGAGGCGUCCGACGAGCUCAGCGACGAGGACAAGCGCGCCGAGCUGCUGCCCAUCUUGAUCCAGCAGGUGUACACACUGACCCGCCUGGGCCGUCAUGACGACGCAGCCGCGCUCCAGAAGGCCAUUGACGCCAGCGAGUGUGACGGCUCCGUCAAGGUUGUCGCGGCGACCAACUCGCUCGUCAUCAAGAACAGCAGCAGUUCGUCUCCGACCAGCAGCAACCCCUACCUCGCCCAGCGCCAGGUCGACGCCGUCCCCGCUUCGCCGUCGGGCAGCGACCGCCUCUUCUCGCACCAGGCACGGAUCCUGCGCCGCAACCAGUUUGCCAUCGAGCUGCAGUGCUACAAGUUCAAGGGCGUGCUGGGCCGCACCGCCAAGCUGCUCAAGCGCCAGUCCAGCACCCGUGACGGCGACAGCAACAAGGAGAACGAGAACAUCAGCUUGGCCACGUUCCCCGACGUCGUGGACCUCGGCGUCUUUGGUGCCGCCGCCAAGGCCGAGCUGCAGACUGGCAAGGAUGCCCUGCGGCGCAUCCUGCCGCUCCUCGAACAUCGCCCUGAUGACAUUGGCCUGCUUCUGACCGCCGUGCAGCUGCAGCUGCAAGCACACAACGCCGAGGCCGCCCUCUCUCUGCUAGAGGCCUACUUCCGCCGUGCAGAAGACGCCACUGCAACGGCCGCCAGAGACGCCCGCUUUGCCCCCGGUCUGGUCGCCCUGGCCGUCGCCAUCUACAAGCUGCAGGGCCGCCACCAGGCCGUGCGCACCGAACUCGCCAAAGCCGCUGCCCACUGGCAGCAGGCCCGCAAGACCCCGUUGUCCGCGCCGCCUGCCUCUCUGCUGCGUGCUGCCGGUGUCGAGCUCUUGCACUCGCAAGAUCCCGCCGACCAGGCCGCCGCGGCCUCGGCAUUUGAGACGCUGCACGCCUCGGAUCCUGCCGACAAGAUUACCGCCGCCGGCCUUGUUGCCUCGCUGGCUGCUGCGUCCGCAACGGACUCCGCCACCACACCCGUGUCGCCCGCACAGGCUGCGCGCCAGCAAAAACUGGCUGCGUCGCUGACGCCGGUCGACCAGCUCGCCAAAGGCAUCGACGUCACGUCUCUGCUGCAGAACGGCGUGGCCACGCUGCCCGCACCCGCUGCACCCGCCAAGAGCAAGAAGCGCUCUGCUGCUGCAACGGUUGCUGCCACGACCGACGCCGCUGCGGCUCAGCCGUCCGCCAAGAAGCCCAAGACGGGUGCUGCUGCCGCGCCCUCGCUGUCGCGCCAGGCACGCAAGCUGCAGGCCAAGGCCGCUGCGGACGGCAGCACCAGCACCUUUGACCCCAACAAGAAGAUGGACCCGGAGCGCUGGCUGCCCGUGCGCGACCGCAGCUCAUACCGCCCGCCCAAGGGCAAGAAGGGCCGUGGCCGGCGCGGCGAUGCGGCCACGAUGCAAGGCGGCGUGGUGAAGGAGGAGGAGACGCUUGCGCUGGCGGGCGGUGCCGGGUCGGUGCGCGUGGAGAAGGCCCCGCAAGGCCCGAGUGGCAGUUCUGCCGCCAAGAAGCGGAAGAAGGGAAAGAAAUGA